CGAGAAUGGUUUGAUGGUAGAUGAGGACGAUUAUCAGAUGGAAAGAGGGGAACCUACCAAGUGAUGUCCUGUUUGGAGUGACCAUGGCCUGGUGGGUUAGCACCGGACAAGGAGGGAGGUUGUUAUUAGGCGCUUGGGUACUAGAGUUAACACUACCUCAGUUCGUCUCUCUUUGUUCUUCUUUCUCAAGCAAGAUUUCGCCUGCAAUAUCUAAGAACCCUGAUCAGAUGUCUGCUUCGCCAGCCAUUCGGAGAAUAAUAAUCAUGAUAAAAGUCUUAUCCCCUAGCUGGUAUAGCAGUUCUCACCUACCGCAACAGCAAAGGCGAACACCAUCGACACCUGUGCCUAUCCCGCAGCAAGGAUCAUCUCCCACUAGUGGAUCCGAUCACUUCUACUCGGCGAGGCAGACGCCUGCUCAGAGCCAAAGUCCUGCCCCUGAUCUGUCUACUGAGAGGCAGAUUGACGUUGACAGUUAUGCCUUUCACGUGAACUCCCUGGUUCAUCCUGCUCGGCGCACAGAACGUGAUCUUGAAAGGCUGCCAAGAUACGAUCCUAGAAACGCCUCAGCGUCCCCGGCAAGCACAUCUGACAGCUUCCACUCAGCCAGAGAGACUCCUGUUGCGGGCCAGAGCCCGGCAGCUAAUCAGCCAGUGGUGGAAGUGCAAGUCGAUCCUACCAGUUAUGAAUUCCGGGUCAACUCAUUGGUUCAUCCCGUCCGCCGUAGAGAGCAAUUUGAAGAAAGAUUUGAUCCGACCAUUCGCUCAAGGCUGGUGGGACCUCAAACGAUGUUUGGAAUGUCCUGGGAUGAUGUCAUUCGACUAACAAAUGACCGUCUUCUUGCUAACGGAGCUGAGGAAAAAGACCUGAUUUGUAAAGCAAGGCAUACAGAUCAGGGAUGCACUUGCAAAACUGGGAGAAUCUGAGCAGCUGACAUUGAUGAAAAAUAGUUGGAGCAUGAAGGAUCUAUGUGGUAAGAUGAUGGGUUGACAGAUAAAAAAAGGAAAGGAAGGUAUAGACAGCAAGAAUACACCAUUCGAAGAGAGAUUUGACCCGAACAUACGCUCAAGACUGGUCGGACCUGAACAGGUGUUAGGCAUGUCCUGGGAAGAGAGGAUUAGACGGC